AGGAUGAAUAAGAGAUAUUUGCAGAAAGCAACAAAGGGAAAACUGCUAAUAAUAAUAUUUGUUGUAACGCUGUGGGGGAAAUUAGCAUCUGGGGCAAAUCAUCAUAAAGCUCACCAUGUUAAAACUGGGACCUGUGAAGUGGUGGCACUCCACAGAUGUUGCAAUAAGAACAAGAUAGAAGAAAGAUCACAGACGGUGAAGUGCUCCUGCUUCCCUGGGCAGGUAGCAGGUACCACACGGGCAGCUCCUUCUUGUGUUGAUGCUUCAAUAGUGGAGCAGAAAUGGUGGUGCCACAUGCAACCAUGUCUUGAAGGGGAGGAGUGUAAAGUUCUUCCAGAUCGUAAAGGAUGGAGCUGUUCCUCUGGGAAUAAAGUGAAAACAACUAGGACAACUCUAUAUGUCUCAGUUUCUGUCUAA